AUGAGUAUUUGUUGUUCUGUUAAAAACCAAAUCAUUUCUGCAGUUCCAGACUGCCCAUAAUAAAGCACAUACUCCUACACGAAUGUGUCUUGCUGUUAUGGAAUCUAUCCCGUCAAGCCAUGUCUCAAAUAAUGUGUUGAUAAUAUUCGGAGGAGUAAUAUUAAAAGCUAUGUGAACAGUCCGCCAUAAAUUUUUUGCCAACGGGCAGUCAAGAAAGAGGUGUUUGAUGGAUUCAUCCCGGUCACAAAAACUACAUUUUUUAGAUCCAGUCGAGUUGCGUUUUGCCAAGUUGUCCUUAGUUAAAAUGACUUGUUUGUGUACAAACCACAUAAACACUUUAACUCUCAAAGGUACUUUGACAUUCCAGACAUGUUUCGAACUAGGAAUAGAGCUAGCGUUGAUAACAUCCAGAUACAUGGAUUUAAUCGUAAACUCUCCAUUCCUAGUUAGCUUCUAGCACAACUAAUCUGGUUGUUGAGAAUAGUAUGCUAAGGGCACUCCAAUGAGGCCAUGGCAACGUCCCGUAACUUAUGCCAACUCUGCAAAAUAGUUCGUGGAUGAGAGAGAAAUAAGAAAGAAAAGAGAGGUUGUAUGUUAGACAACCAGCAAUAAUAACAAAUAUUAUUAUAUUUUCCUUGCUCCUUCUCUCAUUGUAGGUGUUGUCUUAAUAGAAAAAAAAAUACAACAACAAUUUAUUGGCAAACUUGCAAAAAGAUAAUAUGGACACCACAACCUUUUUUCGAGUUCCACAUGAAGAAAAUGGCUAGCUCAACAACCAACCACCUGCUAUACCCAUGUAAGUAUGUAAUCUCCAUGGUUCAGUUUUUUUAAUAUAAAGGCAGUGGUAGUUUUCUCUCACUGUCAUUCAAGGUUCAAUAAAAAUGCAAAGUUGGAGCAUUUGGAAGGGCCUUAGAGCAUCUCUAGCCGUUGGAGCCCUCAAGAAUACCACCGAACCAAAAAAGUUGAUGCCAAAUGCUUCAUCCAGCGAAAUAGAAGUGCGUGGGGAGGGCAUCUUCCCAGCCACACCCCACCCCAACCAAAAGUUUGUGAGGGAAAUGAUUAAGUGGGCCAAGAAAAAGGACAUGUGGAGAGAUACGAUUCGCCGAAACUUCCGCCGGCGCCCCCAAGAGCCCCCCAACAUGCUGGGUUUUGGUUGGAUUUGUCGGCGCUAUUUUGAUGUCCUGGGGGCGCGCUGGGGCGUGGCCGGGCCAUUUUUCGGCAAAAAGCACUGUCCGAGUCUAAAACCGAGUCUAAAAAGGUGUCCUCAGGGGCGUCCUGGGGACCGAGUGGAGAUGCUCUUAGAAUGAUGGGUUACUUAUCUUAUAGGGAUGAUACAAACAGUGCUACUUUGGAAUUUGCUCGUUCCUUUCUGCUAUAAACAAUUUGGCAAAACCUGAAGCAGAAUUAGAGCAAAAGAAAUUAUGUCUGAUGAGCAUACACUUGGAUUACAAAAGAACUAGAAUGAGUACAACAUCAGAUGAACGAUGUAAUUCUAUCCAAGAUCAAUCUUUGCUGAAUUCGACGAAAGUCGCAGUGUAUGCAAUUACAACCUCCUUUUUGAGGGUCUUACGCAUGAGGAAUCUUUGAGAUUCCCUAAAGACUUGGUGUUAAGAUCGUAGAAAUGAGGGGAUCGCACUAGACCACCAGCACCAAACCGACCAUGGCGAAAGUUACCACGCACAUGGGUUGUCGACAAACCACGUGCAGACUUUAGGGAAACUGGGAAUAAUCAAGACUUCUUCCUCUCUCAGUCAUGGAAAAUCUGCAGGCACACAACCAUUAAUUAAUCAGUAGAGGUACAUUUUUUGGAUCACCACAUGGUCAUUCUGUAGCUUGCUAGCGACUUGAUCCAGUGCAUGUGCUCUGUAGCUCAGAUCGGCAUCAGCUGCAGAGGUGUGCUCGUCUUAUACAUGACAGCAUCUCGUUGACGCCAGGAAGCCACACUCCGGCAGCUGCAGCGAAUUUAUGCAGGUCGAGGCUAGCUGAGAUCCAUGGCGUCGAGCAGGGCGAUCUUGGCCAUGGGCCUCCUUGCCGCCGUGCUGUCCCCCGCCUUGUCAAAGCGGUCGUUUAUCUCCAUGCCAGCCGACGUGAGUAGUCCUGUGACCCUGGCCAACGGCCUCUCCUACGGCUACCACGCCAACUCCUGCCCGCAGCUGCAAGACAUCGUGUGGCCGAUCGUGGAGAGCGCGGUCCUGGUUGAGGUGGCCAUCGCCGCCGGCCUCCUCCGUAUCUUCUUCCACGACUGCUUUCCUCAGGGAUGCGAUGCGUCCGUCCUUCUGACGGGACCCAACAGCGAGCGGGACCUGCCGCCGAACCAGACGCUGCAGCCGCGUGCGAUGCAGCUCAUCGAGGACGUCCGCGUCAAGGUACACGCCGCCUGUGGCGCCACCGUCUCCUGCGCCGACAUCAUCGCCCUCGCCACCCGCGACGCCGUCUUCGUGGUACGUGCACACGUCGGUCGCUGCUGUUGUACUGUACAACGAAAGCAUCUCCCUACCUCACUCGCGAAAGAACCUAUGCAAGCCGGGGAAAGCGAAAUGUUCUACUUCUACGACCUGCCGCUCGGCCGGUUUGACAGCCUCGAGCCGGCUAAUAGCAGCGCCGUCUUCGACCUCCCGCAGUCCACUGCCGACGCCGACACGCUCAUCAACGCCUUCAAGAGCCGCAAUCUCGAGCCCAUUGACCUCGUCGCGCUCUCUGGCGCGCACACCGUCGGGAAGGCGCACUGCAGCUCCUUCAACAACCGCUUCUCCGAGGACGCCGACUUCGCCAGGAGGCUCGCCGCCAACUGCUCCAGCGACCAGAACCGGCUGCAGGACCUCGACGUAGAAACCCCCAUCGUGUUGGACAACCAGUACUUCAAAAACCUGAUGGAGGGAAAGGGGGUGUUCACCUCCGACCAAGUGCUCAUCAGAGACGGGCGCACCGACUGGGCGGUCAAAGGCCUCGCCGAGAACAAAUGGUGGUUCUACAACCAGUUCCGUGACUCCUUGGUGAAGCUGAGUCAGUACCAACCCGGAGGAAACGUGGGCGAGAUCCGCCGCAACAGCUGCUUCGCGCCCAACGGACAGAGCAUUCCCGCCACCGCCGGUGACGAGGGGUUUGCAGCCUCUGCUUGAGUUCACCGCUGACUACGGGAUCGUCGUUUAGUUUGCUUGUAGUAAGAGUAUAAGCUAGUGUGUGCUGUGCUUCGUUCAAUCCUCUUUCAUGAUGGCUCAGAACACGUUUGAAACAGUUGCACGGGGUUUGUUCCAAUAAGACUGGUCGUAAUGAGAGUA